AGGCGAUCAUACGUAUCCGCGCGCUCUAUAUUUAAACAUCGUCCGAUCGCGAAAAACUUUUGUGUCGUGUAUUAAAAAAAAUAUUAACAAGAAAAUGAACUAUAUUUUUGGUGCCGUGAUCUUUGCUCGUAUGUGUCAAGACUGAUCCAGCGUGGGGUACUUGAAGAGGCUAAUUACGAGUCGCUAGGCUAAUUGGCUGGGCCGGCGUUUCAUGAAGUGCGAGAGGCGAGUGCCGCAUCAGCCGAGCGGCAGUCCAGUGUUAAGCUCGCAAAUGCUGGCCAUGGAUGUUACGAAGGAAGCACGUUCGUCUCCCCUGCCAGCUACAUCGCAGGCAACGACUGUAACAUCUGCACAGAAUCCUCCUCAACCACAGAUAUGCGCUGGGUGCAGCAAAGUGAUCACCGAGCGGUAUCUCUUGAAGGCUUUGGAUCAACUGUGGCACGAGGACUGUUUGAAGUGCGGCUGCUGCGACUGCCGACUCGGGGAGGUUGGCCACACUCUAUACACGCGCGCCAACCUAAUUCUCUGCAAGAGAGAUUAUUUGAGGUUAUUCGGCAAUACUGGAUACUGUGCCGCUUGUAAUAAAGUGAUCCCCGCGUUCGAAAUGGUGAUGAGGGCUCGCAGUAACGUCUAUCAUCUGGAAUGCUUUGCUUGUCAACAAUGCAACCACAGAUUUUGUGUGGGCGAUCGAUUCUAUUUAUGCGAAAAUAAGAUUCUCUGCGAGUACGAUUACGAAGAGAGGCUGGUUUUCGCAAACAUGGCGUACAAUCCACCACCACUGGCACAUCUCAAGCGACAGACUACGCAUUUGCCUCCACCUCCGACGAGCGGUGCGAUGGGCGGCCUCAUGAACGGGUCAGGUCGUUCCGGCGACAUGAACAACAACAUGUCCGGUUCGUCUCCGGCUCCGUUUGCUGCCCCCCCGCACCUCAAGCCCCUGGGCCUCUCGGCAACCAGCUGAGAUUACCGCGUAUGAGACGCGGCCCACCCGUAUGCCAAGUAUCAAAACUGAACAGUCGUACUAAGUAAGCGACCCAAAGACUAGAGCGUCAGUGUGUUAAAACAAAAGUGGGUAAUUUGUGUCAGUGUUAUAUUUAUUAUGUAAUAAAAGCAAAGUAAAUGCCAAACCGUAGUUAGUUGUCAUUGUUACUAGUUCGUAAUUAUUUGAUGACGUAAUUUAGAUCGAAUAAAAACAAUUUUUUUUAGUAAUAUAAUUGUUUGAUCUCAAUGAACGAUUUCAAUUAAUUAAAAUAGCAUAAUGUUUAUCGUGGAAGCCUGAACGAUCUUGUAAACUAUUUGGAGUUUGCUAACAAAAAGAAAAGUUCGCAUUAGCUAGUUAGUAUCGAAGGUGAUUGUACGUGUGACAAGCUCUUAGAAGUGCGGGCUUAAAGACUGGCAGGUUUUAGUGAAAAAUAUAAAUUUAUGAAAUAAUUGGCGUUGAUGUAAAUAGUAUCGUUUAUUGUAGUUUAAUGUAAAAUAUGAAAUAGUACAAGAUUCUUUUGUCUCAAUUCCUGGAUCGAAUAACGUAUAAUUUGGGCUAAGCCAUUUUAAUUUUAUAUUUUAGUUUACAACAUUCUGAUUUUACUGUCCAAGAAUGCGGUCGAAGACAAACUUUUGCAUGUUAUUAUCAAAUAAUUUCGGUAAAAUAGUAAAUUGAUUUAAAACGAUUUUCUUUGAUAAUAAUUUGUUGUUUCGUUUUAUGUAAAUUGUAAAAACUGUUAAGUUUUAUUAACAAUAUUGUUGAAACGUUUGUAUUAUUUAUGUAAAUAAAUUUCCAUAGCCUAUUAUUGUAUUUCGGUAAAUAAGAAAUGUUCGAACUGUGUAGCUGAUGUUUUAAAUGUAUAAAAUAAUAUUCAAUAUUAAAUAGUUCAAAUUAGUUUUUUUAGAUAUAAUAUUGUAAUUAUAUUACGUUUAUUUUGCAUUUCAUCUAGAUGCAGCUGCCAGCAAACUAUUCAAUAAUUUAAAUUUCAAUGAUGCUAAUAAUCUUAGAAUCCUAAAUAAUAAAUAAUACGUUGGCGGCUACACGUCCUCCUGCACUCGUAAAUGUAGACAAUCCUUCACACGUUUGUAUAAAUAUGAAUGUGACAGGUCUUUAACCAAUGAUACGACCAAAGAUGUAGCUCAUUAAA